GACUGAAGAAUAAUAAUGGAGCGAGCACUCGGGGAGCCGACGCUCGUGCUCUGCGGUGUCUGCAUGGACAGCGGGGAGCACGAGGAGAGAUGGAUGUCACUGCGCAAUGGAGACGACCAGGCGCUGCUGGUACGUGACGUUUGUGUUCGUCCGCACUGUCCACGGCUACAGGUGCGCGGUCACUUGUGUGUCAACCACAUUCUGGAGCUCGAGCUCGCGUGGCAGGGCAACUACAGUGUGCGCGCGUGCCACGGCUGCCGCGUCAGUACACUGCAGCUUUAUAGUGAAAAGCGUGACGUCUGGUUUAUCCUGGCUGCGAGUGAGUACACGACCGCCGCGCAUGGCGUCGAGCGUCGAGUCAAGACCCCGUUAUCAUCCGCUGUGACCACUUCCACCACGCCCGUACGUGUCGGGGCUGCUGGGAAGAGGCCGCUUGGAAAGCGGCAAAGUCUCCGACGCAAAUCGAGUCGAUUCAUUAAGCAGCAUGUGCAGAAGGAGCAGAUGCUCGCGUUGGAGUGGAGCUUGGGCAACUUGCCGUUGGAGAAGAGCAAACAUCUCUGGAGUGACAACCGCAAACGGGUCGAGAUGGAGAAGGACCCGGAGGCCUACUACGCGGCUAUAAAGCCACCAGUGAAGGCAGCACCCGAUGUCAACGCGCGACCGGAGCCCCAGGACAUUUUCUGUGCCACGCUGGGAUGCAAACGCUUCGCCAAGACUGGCAACCGUUGUCGCUUUCACUCCUCCAAGCCGCUUGCGUUUAUCAAGCCCGCGGUUGGGGUCGACGGGGCCAGUGUCCCGGCGAAAUGAAAAUCAACAAGUACAAUUAUGAAGGCGUAUGUGCGCUGCCUACCUGUCUAUGGAUACAUAAGUUAUGACUCGAAUUCAAGAGAAAUGCCGGCUUGGUGCACAAUGGUGUCAAGAUGCACAUGAAGACACAGGAUACGAAAGCAGCGAGGGUGGGCCGAGGUGUGAGCCAUAAUUUCAUUUGACUAUCGCUA